AUGGGUCACGGCAACAGCGACAGGCUGUACAUUACUCAUGCGGAACACUCGGGCGCCCUUGGCCAGCACUCGGCCUCGUCACGCGGCGCUCAAGCAAAGAACCAAGUCUUCGCCAAGGUCCCGUUCGACCACUGCGCCCUCACGCUCAAGCCUUUCGACACGCCCGUGUGCACCGAUGAAGGAUCGGUGUACGAGCUGAUGGCUAUCAUCCCGUUCAUCCGGCAACAUGGGACGGACCCGAUGACGGGCAAGAAGCUCACUCCGGGAGACUUGAUCCGCCUCAACUUUGCGAAAAACAACGAGGGUCAAUACCAUGACCCGAUCACCUUUAAGGUCUUCAACGACCACGCCGCCAUCGCUGCCAUCAAGACCACCGGGAACGUGUACGCCCGCGACUCGAUUGACCGCCUGAAUCUCAAGCCAAAGAACAUGCACGAUCUCUUGACGGAUGAGCCUUUCACGCGCAAGGACAUCAUCACGCUGCAAGACCCUCUGAACCUGGACAAGAAGGAUGUCUCCAAAUUCGACUAUGUCCGCCGGGCUCUCAAGGUCGAGACGGAGGAGGGCGCGCUGAGCGGUAUCAAUGUCGAGGCGAGCGGCAUUGGGCGGUUACUGAAGACGAUCGGGCAGGGGAAGGAGACGAAAAAGGCAGAGGACAAGGAGAAGACGGAGAAGGCCGUCGCAAAGCCUGCCCCUACCAAAUCAGCCGUCACCUCUUCCUCCGUUCCAUACAACCAAGCGCCGAUCUCGAACAACCGCACCGCCGCCGCCUUCACCUCGACCGCGCAAACCGUAUCGACGAAGAGCCAGAACGCGUUGUGGGACGAGGAGUACCUGAUGUACGAGGAGGUGCAGAAGAGGGGAGAGAAGGGGUAUGCGAGGAUGGUUACGAAUUUCGGCUCGCUCAACUUCGAGCUCUUUGCGAAUGUCGCGCCUCGGGCGUGCUACAACUUCCUCAGCCUCGCCCGAGACGGAUACUACCAGAACGUCAAGUUUCACCGCUUGAUCCCCGGCUUCAUGCUGCAAGGAGGCGACCCGACUGGUACUGGACGAGGAGGCGAAUCACGGUGGGGCAAGCCGUUCGAGGACGAGUACAACGCUCGCAACGCCCACAAGCACGACCAGCGAGGAACCCUGUCGAUGGCGAACAGCGGGCCGAAUACGAACGGCAGCCAGUUUUUCGUCACUUUCCGCGAUCAGUGCAGCCAUCUCGACGGCAAGCACACCGUCUUCGGCCGCCUCGUCGGAGGCCAAGACGUCCUCGACAAGCUCGAGCGCGUCCCGAUCGACCCGGCGACAGAUCGACCACUCAAACCCGUCAUCUUGCUCGACGUCGAGGUGUUUGGUGACCCCUUCGAGGACUACAAGGGCCGGCUGGAUAAGCGGUUGAAGCGGGAGCAGGAGGAGAGGGAGGGACGGGGAGAGCGGGCGCGGAGAAAGGCUGAGAGGGAGAAGGAUCGGACGACCUGGUUCGGCACGAACCUUGAGAAACCGGCUGGCGACCUCGCAGGACUCGGCGGCUCGUCCUCAGCAGGCGUCGGCAAGUACCUCUCGUCGGCAGCACCAGCACCGAUCGCCGGCGCCGGGUCGAAGCGGAAGGACCCGCUGGACGACGGAGAGGGCGAUUUGGUGCGGCAGCUGGGUGAGCCGGAUGCGGGUGCACCAAGGAAGAAGAAGCGGGCGGGCGGAGGGUUUGGCGACUUUAGCGGUUGGUAG